AUGGAAUCUCGUUACAUGGAUAAAGGCUCGAUCUCUGAUGGGCAAACACAUGAAGAUGAAGAUAACGAAUCUCAAACUUCGGAAGAAGAAGAUAAGGAACGAUUACCUCUGCGGGAUUAUCUAUCUCAUCACAGUAGCACUUGUCAUGAGCCUUGGGUGAUUGGUGGAGACUUUAACGUUAUCAAAACUCUAGAUGAAAAGCAGGGAGGAUCGAACGCACAUAUGACGGGGAUGCAAGAUUUUAAUGACUUUUUAGUUGAUGCUCGCUUAACAGAUGCAAGUUUCGUGGGUAAUAUCUUCACUUGGAGUAAUAAUCAACGGGGUCAAAAUCUCAUUUGGCAAAGAUUAGAUCGAAUUUUGUUGAACGCGGAGGCUUUCACUGCCAUUUCGGCCAGAGUGGAUCAUCUCCCAAGGCUGGAAUCUGACCACUGCCCAUUACUUCUCAACUUUGGCCAGCUGCAAACUAAGCCAUCUCGUUUCUACUUUCAAAAAAUGUGGACGGAGCACCACAAUUACCAAGAUUUCAUUGCCUCUUUUUGGCAACAGAUUAUUCCUGGCGGUCGUGCUAAUUUUGAGAGUAAGUUGGCCAACCUUCGCAAGGCUCUUAGAAAGUGGAAUUGGGAGUUAGAAUGGGAGAAUGCACUUUUGGCUAUCAAAGCUCGAGUUAAAUGGCUGGAGGAAGGAGAUCGAAACAACAAAUAUUUUCACGCCCGGAUCAAAGAGAGAAAGAAAAGGAAUCAGAUUACCCUCAAGCUCGACGAUGGUUCCUUCACGUCAGACUAUCAACUUAUAGGGGCGAAAGCAUUGGCCUAUUUUGAUGAUCUUUUUCAGGCUACUCCUUACCAUCUUGAUCAAGAUCUGUUCUCACAUGUGGAAGCUAAGGUUACUACAACAAUGAAUACUAAACUUUGCGAAAUCCCGGACGAAGAUGAAGUUUACAAGGCUAUUAAAGAUUUGUCACCGGAUAGUGCUCCUGGGCAAGAUGGUUUCACAGGUUACUUUUAUGUUCGAUGUUGGAGUAUAAUCAAGGAAGAUUUUAUGCUGCUAGUUAGUGUCUAUUUUCAAGGGGACUAUCUCUUGAAAUGCAUGUCCACUACUCUUCUCUUUCUUCUGCCGAAGGUUUCUAAUCCGGAAAACCUUACUCAAUUUCGGCCAAUCAGCUUGGGAAACUUUGCUAGCAAGGUUAUUUCCAGAAUUAUUGCUUUGCGAUUAAACGCAUUCCUACCUCGGAUAAUUUCGGAAGAACAAUCAGGGUUCUUGAAAGACAGGAGCAUCCAUGAAUCGAUUGCUAUAGCGCAAGAAUUGGUUUUGGAUAUUGAUCGAAAAGUUGAAGGUGGAAAUAUUAUAUUUAAAUUUGACAUGUCUAAGGCCUACGAUAGAUUGGAAUGGAGGUUUUUGCUUAAAGCCUUGCACCCCCUGGGAUUUUCACAUCCAGUGUGUGAUCUACUAUAUAGAUCAUUUUCCAAUAUUUGGUAUUCUAUAUUAAUUACUGGGGAAUCGUACGGUCAUUUCAAAUCUUCCAGAGGAGUUCGUCAAGGUGAUCCCCUUUCUCCACUUUUAUUUAUCAUCGCCCAAGAAAUUCUCACUCUCAAUAUUAAACGAUUGGAGGAUCAAGAACGCAGUAAAAAGUAUAAAGUCCGUCGAGGCUCACUUCACAUCUCCCAUCUUUUUUAUGCGGACGAUAUGCUUUUAUUCACCAAUGGCAGCAAAAAAUCGGUCACGAGAUUAAGGCACAUGCUAAAAAAAUACGAGGAUUCGUCUGGUCAGCUGAUUAAUUUGGAUAAGAGUGGAUUUUACACAUCUAAGAGGAUCCGACAUACUAAAAUUCAUCUCCUUAAAGAAUGGACUGGUUGCAUCCAUAACUCGUUGUCGUUGAAAUAUCUUGGGGUUCAACAUCGGCUGGCACGAUGGCAAUCGAAGUUAUUAUCGUUUGGUGGUAGAAUGACACUGGUACGUUCGGUUCUUUUUAGCCUGCCCACCCACACUCUUUCAUCAGCCGUGGUUCCCAAGAAAACCUUAGUCCGAAUGGAGAGGCUUUUUCGUAAAUUUUUAUGGGGUAAAUAUGAAGGAUAUGGGAUUAAUUGGAUCAAUUGGACGACUAUCUGUCAGCCGAAAGAUGAAGGUGGCCUUGGUUUUCGCUCAUUGCUAGACACUAAGAAGAUUAUGGCGGGUAAGUUGGCAUGGCGGGUCCUAGAAGGUAAAACUCUUUGGGCUCGGUUCGCCAGAGCAAAAUACGGGGAGGCUAAGGAACAGCCGCAACAAUUUACUCCUCAACUGCAGCCGGAGCAACAAACGAUCUUCGAUCUUAUUGAGCUGGAUGUGAGGGUUGAGGAUAGAUUAAUCUUCACAAAAUCGAUUUAUGGGAAUUUUAAUGUGGCUGACUAUUGGGAGUUGAUCCAUUCCAAAGCUUCUCCGAAUCCUUUGGCGAAAAAAAUUUGGCAUCCUAAAAUUCCAUAUAACAUAGGUGCAUUUUUCUGGAAACUGUCAUAUGGAGCGAUCCAGGUGGACUUGGUUCUUCGAAGGCGGGGCUGCAUGACUCCAUCCAAAUGUCGGUGUUGUGCUGCUCCCAAGCAAGAAAGUCUUUCUCAUUUAUUCAUUCAGUCGGAUAUUGCUCGUGGUGUUUGGAGUAACUACGCACGGAUUUGGCAGAAACCUUAUGUUUAUGGGUCUAUGAAGCAUCUAGUUCAAGUGUGGGUGGUUGAUGCUAAUAUUAAUACUCAAGACGGUUUUAUGGAGCUUGGUACUCUCAUGUUCGGUUGUUGGGAGAUCUGGAAAAAUUGGUGCAGGGCAAUCUUCGAGGAUACUCCGAUGAAUACGAUCACUAUUACUCGAAGUAUAUUCUCACAUCUUCGAGCUUUGAACGACGCUUUCUUGGGAAAACGCCCAAUGAAACUGAUGGGUCGCCUCAUAAUCCAACAAUUAAAUUUGGAGGUUAAGUCACCUUCAUUGACUAGGGGCAGCUGGAUAAAGUGGAACCCUCCAAAUCCACUUCAAGUCAAGGUCAACGUGGACGGCUCAAGAAAAGGGGAUGAAUGUUCCGGUGGUGGGUUAAUUCGGACUCACGAUGGAUCUUUUAUUCGAGGAUUUUCUAAUUUUUACGGUCAAGGUACUCACAUUCUUGCAGAAGCCCAGACAAUUCUCGAUGGGUUGCGAAUUUGUCAUGAGAUGGGUUUUACACAAGUUAAAGUGGAGUCAGAUUCCAAAUUAGUUAUCGACAUGAUUUAUCAUAAAGUCGUAGUUGCAUUAGAAGACUUCUCAAGGAUGAUUGGCAGAUGA